AUGCCUUGCUUCCAAACGCAGGUGGCUGAGCCACCCACACCCAGCUCCGUGCUAUCAUCGGAACACGAGCAACAAGCACAGCUGAAUAAAGAGAAUGAGCCCCAAAUCGACAACGACAGCGUACUCGUUCCUGGUUUUUUCCUCAAGGAGUCCGUCGCGCAGUUGAAUGCAGGGAUUCUUCAACAAGGCCCCGCGAACGUACGGUUUUCCGUACCUCUCUCCUGGAACAACUUGGGAUAUACGGCAAACGGUAAGAAAAUUCUUCGCGGUCUCACAGGGACGGCACUACCGUCACGAUGCCUCGCCGUGAUGGGGGCGAGCGGUGCGGGUAAGACGACGUUUCUCAAUGCCAUAUCUGAUCGACUUGCGUCCUCCCGCACCCUCAAGAUUACGGGGCAACGCCAGAUGGGUGACGUGGAAUACAAACGUCGUUACCGCAGGAUGAUUGGUUUUGUGGCGCAAGAUGAUAUUCUCUUACCACGUGCAACACCAGAGGAUUCUCUCAGCUUUUCGCUUCGUGUGAGGCGUGGCACCAGUCGAAAUGAAACCAAUGCAUUGGUUGAGGAAUCUUUGAAAGAAUUACGCCUUGUUCAUUGCCGCGACACCAUUGUUGGUAUCCCUGGCCUUAUCGCUGGUCUUUCUGGUGGUGAACGCAAACGCAGCAGCAUUGGUGUAGAGCUUAUCUGCGAUCCCAAAAUUAUGUUGCUAGACGAGCCCACCUCUGGCCUGGACUCCGUGACAUCGGUGAAAAUUGCGCAUCUUUUGAAUACCAUCUCCCGAACAGGCCGCACAGUGGUUUAUACUAUUCAUCAGCCCACAGCUGAGACGUUGAUCUACUUUGAUGAUAUCAUGCUUCUUACAGGGGGUCAGUGCGCUUACCAUGGCACAAUGGCAGAAUCCAUGGCGUACUUUGAGUCUAUCGGCUACCCCUGCCCUGAGCGGUACACUCCAACCGAUUUCUACAUGACCCUGCUCCAGGAUCCAGAUACUUCAAAGAUUCUAAUUAAAAAGUGGAAAAAGCACCUAAAGCAUGGUGUGCGAACAUCACAUACAACGGCUGUUGAACUAAAUCCCAACCCUUCCGAGUCUGUCACGGUGAAGUUUAUUGAAACAUACCUUGAUCAGUUUAGAAGCACUCCGUGGAUUCAAUUUGAGGAACUUCUUCGUCGUUUUGCUGUGGGACUCUGUCGAAAUCGUGUCUACUUGUUUUCGCAGUUUGUGCAGGCCGCCUUUUUUGCGCUGAUUGUGGGUCUCAUCUUUAUUAAUAUUAAGGAUGAUAUUCCUGGUAUUCAAGACCGUGAAGGUGUUAUUUUUACGGUAGCAAUGAAUCGAGCUAUGGGGCAAACUUUUCUCAUGGUCAACUCCUUCAUGAUGGAUAAGCCCUUGUAUGUACGUGAACAAAUGGUUGGAUCAUACUCCCCAUUCAUGUAUUUUUUAACAAGAAAUUUGGUGGAGUUUCCUAUGCGUGUUUUCUUUUGUCUUCUUGAGAGCUCCAUUUUGUACUGGAUGGUGGGCUUUUAUCAUGAUGCGGGGGCCUUUUUCUACUACUUUGCUGCUCUUGCACUGCUUACAGAGGUGAGCUCAGGUCUUGGUUUUUUUCUGAGUGCCUCAUUUAACAGACUGAUCGUUGCUUCUUCUACCGUGCCCGUCAUUGUACUGCCGCUUUCCCUUGCUGGUGGGCUUUUGGCAAGCACAGAUCGGCUGCAUCCAUAUUGGUACUGGCUGGAGAAACCCUCUUUUAUCCGCCAUACGUUUAUUCUUAUUGCACGCAACGAGUUCAAGCGUAUCAACCACUUUCAGUGCGACGGUGCGGGCAAAGGUCCAAAUUUUUGCAGACAUCAACCAAAGAACGGCGAGCAAGUCUUGGAACAACUUGGGUUUAACGCGGAAGAAUUUUCAGACUGGGCUAUGUGGGUAUCGCUCAUCAUCUUGUACUUUAUCUUCCGUUUUUUUGCCGUGAUCGCCCUCUCCGUUGCUGCACGGACAAAAUUUUAG